AUGUCUUUUCGUGCCUCUCACAGAGAAGCAAACCCGGCGGAUCUGACUUAUCCCAGAUGGUUCGGCGGCUCUGCUUCAUGCUUCGCGGUGGUACUUUCACAUCCUUUCGAUCUUAUCAAAGUUCGCAUGCAGACGGUAUCAAAUGGUGCCAAAGAGGGCUUCAUUCAGACUGGACUCCACAUUAUCCAACGAGAGGGAACUAGAGGCCUAUACCAUGUAACAUAUGGAACGUCUCGAAUUGCUCUCUAUGAAGAGAUGAAAACGGCCGCAAAAAAAGCAGACCAGCCUCUCACAGUUCCAACGUUAGCUAUAAUGGCCGCAGCCUCAGGAUUCACCGGGGCUAUCUUCGGCACGCCGUCAGAUAUCGCCAACGUGAGGAUGCAAAACGAUCGCUCACUAGCGGUUCAAAACCGUCGAAAUUACAAAAAUGUAUUCGACGCAUGGAUCCAGAUGAAGCGCCAUGAAGGUUGGAGGUCCUUCGCUCAAGGACUUUGGCCGAACUGUUUCCGUUCCGGGAUUAUGACAGCAAGCCAGCUGGCUUCCUACGAUGCUUUCAAAAGAUUGCUGCAAAGGUUCAGCAAGACAGAAGAAGAGAGGCCUUCAAUUCACUUUGCUGCGUCAGUGCUGGCUAGUUUCGUUGCGACAUCCAUCUCGAGUCCCAUGGAUGUGAUAAGAACCCAGUUGAUGAGUUCCUCACAGAAGAGAUCGGUCUUCAACAUUGUGAGGCAGCUUUUGCACGACGAGGGCUUUCGGUGGCUAUUCCGGGGCUGGACCCCGAGUUUUGUUCGAUUGGGUCCUCAGACAAUCGCUACAUUGGUCAUGCUAGAACAACACAAGCGUAUAUAUCGGUUGAUCAAGGCAGGAGAGUACUAG